GGUCAUUAUUGGCAGCCAGAAGACGAGGCAGAAGCUCCAUCACCACGGUUUCUACUAGAGUUCGUGGAUCUAUCUAGAGAGAGCCAGUGAACUCUACGACCUCACUACCUACUAGCUACCCUGAUAGUGGUCGUUCACCCUACAGCAGCGAACGACAACCGUCCCAUUUUCGCAUCCCCUGACCGGCCAUUGCCACCAUGUGUUAUCGUAUCACGAGGAGUUAUACCUUGAGAACGUUUUGAGCUCUACCAAAAUGGUGGACGCGAACGCGUCGAUAUCAUCCCCCGCCUUUCGCAACUCAUCGGCGCUUCCGUUGCAGAGCCAGUUGAGUGAACAGUUAUGGCAACGGAAAGAACAAGGAGAUGCGGCCACCCAGCCUGGCCAGAAUGAAGAAAGCAGCAGUCAUCUUGAACCUGCCCUGCGUCCUUCGACUAUGUCUCGUUCCUUGUCAGAUGCGGCCCAGAACACUGUCUCUGCUCAAUCUGGACCCGCGGAGGUCUUUCGCACGACCAAGGACGAUACCGCAGUACCGUCAAGCCCAGCGACACCACAAAAAGUGCAUCCUUCCCGCCAUGGACUCUCCCUCAAUCUGCCUCCAAGGGCCUUUGCGAGUCCCGGGUCUGGUCCUGCAGUGAAUCGCGGUCCGCUGUCACCGAAGCUGGACUCAUCGCAAAUAUACGGCUCUCCCGCCUCGGUCUUACCCAGGCGGUCCAGAGGUCUCGACUUCUCGCGUGCCUGUACCAAUCUUCACCACUCAACCCUCGCCGAGGCUUCUCCAGAUUCAUCCCCGACGAUUGGUGGCCGAGGGAUGACGAUCCCGCAACGUCGUGGGACAGCGACAUCAAGCGGCAUGGGUGAGUUCUCGACGUCCGGUCCUGCAGAUCGGACCGCCAUCUCGAGUUCGGUCUCCAGUGUGAACAUGCUCGACUCAGACACCACGAGUAGUGAUGACGAUGAUGAAGAGCUGAUGAAUGGAGAUCGAGAUGAGAUGAUGAUCACGGCGACCCCGCAGGCCAGCAAGACCGGCGGCGGUAUUAAUCCAUUUGCGCCGAGUGCGAUCCAGAGCCCUGGAAAUGAUUGGAUGGGCGGUCCCCCAGCAACAGGAAGUGUCCUGAGUUUUCAGCGCGCCCGGCUGCGCAGCAGGAAGAGCAGACACAGUUCCAGUAGUGCUAGUGGAAACAGUUCCAAGCCCAGCCCUGGGCCGCUGUCGCCGCCUGUUAUCAAGAGCAUUGAGAUGCCUAGCGGGGGAUAUUUCAGUCGGGAUAGGUCUAAAAGUACCCUGCAGUCUAGGCGGGAGAGCCUGAGCCUUGGUACCCGCGAUCUCUAUCUCUCUGACCUCAGUGACGACGGGGAGGCUCGUACCACCAGGGGCAGUAGCCCAGCUGCGGCAUCCAACGCCGAAGGCGGACCUCUGGGCGUCAUUCGUCGAGCUGUGACUCGACGGGGAAAUCUAUUGCCUAAAACAAAGACUUUCGCUAGGAUCCGCGCUGCCCUCAUGGAAGAAGGUGCCCCUAUAGAUAGUGAGGCGAAACGGGAGGCAGAGGUUAUCCGUCAAGUACGCGAGAGUGAUCCAGCCAUAUCAGAGACCUCUCCGGUCUUCCCGUCACUCGAUUCUGCAGCGUUAGCCUUGGAAGCUGACGAUGGACCGAAUGCGUCUACGGAUGGUGCUCAAGCAAGCAACAGCUUCAGCAACCACGCCCUGAAGAAUUCAGGUGGUACAGAAUUCUGGAAUUCUUUUGACGAACGAUAUCGCACUCCGCCUCCACCCCUUCGCGCGCCAGGUCUCUCUGGGGAGGACAUGACGAUGGAGACACCGCCGUCCACGAUUUUCGGAUCAGCCUCAACGGACAUCCCGAGGCUUCCCGAACGGCCACAAUCAGGGUCUUCCAACGCCCAAGCUUCCCAGGCCUCUUUUGCUGAGCUUCCCCGCAAACGCAGGAGGGACGAUGACUUAGAUCCGAACUCGUUCAAACGGAGGGCAGUUUCUCCCGGGAUGAGUGUUCAGAGCAGCCCGAUCCUUCCCCAGUCACCGAUGAUCAAGGAGACCACGUUCUGGGGUCCGCCGCCAAAGUCAUUACCUGGUGCUUUGGGAAGCGAAAAUGGUAGCAACAGUAGCGGCCACAGUGGCCCUGUGAAGCGUGUUGGCCUGCAGGGAAUGAACGAAACCAACGACGGGCUCAUGAAUAUGAGCAUCGAAUGAUGCCUGUUCUCUUCUAUCAACCACUUUUUUCCACCUAAUAUUACCCUCGACGGUGUCCUCAAUCGAUGGCAACUACUAACAAUACGCUUCUUGACCCAAGGUUUACAGUACAUAGAUACUUAUUGUUCUGUCCUUCACUCGUUUGGAUAUUACAGCAUGGCGGGGAGUUGGAGGAGUUCACAUUAUUUCUAGCAAUCAUUAAUACUAGCGAACCUCAUAUCCUCAUUUGCAGUCCGUAUUGUUGUUAAGUCGAGUAGGCGUGCUCUUUGGACUGGCUGGCAUAUUAGGUAUAUAAUAGACCCUUAAGCUUCCACGUUGCGUCGGUCGCGCUAGGUAACUUCAGUAGAGCUCCGCUU